AUGGAGUUCCCUGAGGGAGAGCCCCCAAGUCUCUCAGAAAACAUUUCAACACCAACAGCUUCAACAUCAGAAGUAACAAGCUACCAAGAUGCCCAAAGUUCUGAUGACCAUGGUGCCGAAAGUAGAAGUGACCACGGAUCCCAAAUUCCUGCCGACCCUGGCGCUCAAGCUGAUGCCGACUGCGGUGCCCAAGCUGAUGCCAAAACUACUCUGGAAAACUUGCCGGAGGGGAAAGAGAUGAGUGAAAGCCAACAUGAACCUCUUCACGAGCUUGAGAACCAAUUUAUAUUGCGUCUGCCUCCGGAAUAUGCUUCUACUGUCAGGAAAGUAGUACAUUCUGGAAAUGUCACCAGUAAGGAUAAACUAAGAAUUGACCUAUAUCCUGAUAGACGUCAUGCAGUUGUUGAGGUAGAAGAUGUCUCUCUAACUGCUAAGCUGGUUGAUUUGCCUUGCGUUAUUGGAAGCCUGAAAACUCUUGAUAAAAAAAACUUUUAUAAAACAGCAGAUGUUUCCCAGAUGCUUUUGUGCACUGCUGAUAGUGAUCUCCCUUCUUCUCCGGAAGAACCAGCUACCUCGACUGAUCUUAAUGUAAUCAGGAAACAUGAAUGGGAGAAACAGAAGAAAUAUGUCUGGAAGCAUGGCAUUACUCCACCACUUAAGAAUGUCAGAAAGAAAAGGUUCUGGAAAACAACAAAAAAGCUCGUUGAUUUCAAACAAAUCGAAGAAAUCAGCUUUGCUGAGUACGUUGACUCUCCGGACGUGGAAAAGGAAGUGAAGAGACUGCUGUGUUCAGAUGCCGAAGCUGUCAGCGCCCGAUGGGAAGUCAUUGCUGAAGAUGAAACCAAGGAAAUAGAAAGUCAAGGCUCUAUUCCAGGCUUUGAGAGCUCCCCAGGAAUGAUUGGCCGUGAGCAGGGUCAUGUCUCAUCAGAAUAUGCUAUGCUUCGGGAGAUGUUCAGUGAUUCUAGCAGUAGCAGUGAUGAGGAUGAUGAAGAUGAUGAGGAGGACAAGGAAGAGGAAGAGGAGGAUGAGGAAGAGGAGGAAGAGGAGAAUGAGGAGGAGGAAGAAGAAGAUUCUGAAGAGGAUCUGGAAAGGGAACUUCAGGCCAAGUUCAUGGAAUCUAGCCAGUUCACGGCAAAAGAAGGAGCCAGUUCGCAAGUCCUGGAAAUUCAGAAGCUGGUUCAUUACACGGAGAAGAAGCUCCGAGAGAUUCAGAGAAAAGCACAAAGACAGGAAGGUCUCCUCAUGAAAGUUGAAAACCUGACACUCAAGAAUCAUUUACAGUCUGUGCUGGAGCAGCUUAAAUUUCAGGAAAAUGAAAAAAAUGAGCAGCUCAUUUCACUAAGGGAGCAAUUGAAAUAUUUUAUGGAGAAGUGA